UUCUGGCGUACAACAGCUAAUCAUUUCAUUGCUGCUCGCUAGUUUUCAAUUCCGCAUAAUUCCCGAAUAUCCAUCGAAGCCCUGGUUUUAAUCGUUGACGUUGAGGCGGGGCCCACUCCUUCUCCCUCCAUGAAAACGGACCCAGUCGACGAAAAGCAGCGACCCUCUCGACUUUCGAAAGGAAACGGAAAGAAAGGAAGAGAGAGAAAAAUAAAAAAAAUUACAACUUCAUCAAAAUCCAAUGGAGAAAAUCGAAGCCACGACGAACCCAGGGCCGGUCACGUGCGCCGCAUGGAUCCGGAGGCCGGAGAACCGCCUUCUGGUGAUCUACGGGAGGUCGAAGAACUUCGCGUCUCCGUCCAUGAUCGAGAUCUUCUCUUUCGAUGCCAAGACCUCCUCAAUCUCCGAUGAUCCCAUGGCUAGGUUUGCGAUUAGCGGGGACCCGCUAGGGUUUGCGGUUCAUCCCAGUGGGGAUGAAUUUGUUUGUUCUACUGCUAAUGGAUGCAAAUUGUUUGAGUUAAAUUGUCUAGAUUCAGAUAUGAAGCUUAUGGCAAGAGAUAUUGUGCCUCUUCAAUCCAUUGGUCUUCAAAAAUGUCUAGCUUUUAGCACUGAUGGAUCUAGAUUGGCUACAGGUGGGGAGGAUGGGCAUCUCAGAAUUUUGGAGUGGCCAAGCCAGCAUAUUCUCUUAGAUGAACCUAAAGCUCAUAAAGCUUUUCGAGAUAUGGAUAUCAGCCUAGACUCUGAAUUCUUAGCAUCAACAUCUACCGAUGGCUCUGCAAGAAUUUGGAAGAUAAAUGAUGGUGUUCCGUUAACCGCUUUGACAAGAAAUGCGGAUGAAAAGAUUGAAUGUUGUAGAUUUUCUAGGGACGGGACUAAACCUUUCCUGUUUUGCACUCUCGAAAAAGGUGGUAGAAUGGUAAUUGCUGUUUGGGAUAUCAGUGCAUGGAGAAAAGUUGGGUACAAAAAGUUAUUCAGAAAGGCUACUUCUGUGCUUUCUGUUAGCUUAGAUGGAAAGUACCUUGGCCUAGGUAGCACUGAUGGUGAUAUGUGUGUAGUGGAGAUAAAGAAGAUGGAGGUUAGUCACUGGAGUAAGAAGCUCCACCUUGGUGCAUGCAUAUCCGCAAUCGAGUUUUGCCCAUCAGAGAGGGUUGUGAUUUCCCUUUCCCGUCAAUGGGGAGCGAUGGUCACAAAACUGAACGUCCCUGCUGAUUGGAAAGAGUGGCAAAUAUAUUUGCUUCUUUUGUGUCUAUUCUUGGCCUCGGCUGUCGCGUUUUAUAUGUUUUAUGAGAAUUCAGACUCAUUCUGGAAUUUCCCACUUGGGAAAGAUCAACCAGCAAGGCCAUUUCUGAAAGCACUAGUCACUGAGUCUCAGUUUGCAGAUGAUCAAAGCCCAUGGUGAGAGGAUAUCAUUUGGUCUUUUUAAGUUAAUACUGUGGUUCUAACGAUCUUCAAUUCUUUUUAAAAGGCAUUAUCACUGUUGUUAACUUAAAAAUUGGACGAUGUAACAUCUGAUUGCUAGAUAGUUGAGGACCUUGUAAUUGUUCGAAGCAAUUUUUGAAUUUGGUUUUAUUUCUUGCUAUACUUGUAUCUUCAAUAUUUCAGCAUCAAAUGUAUAGUACACUUGCUCACAUUGGAAUAUCAUGUACUCGUUUUUCACAUAAUAUCAUUUUUGCAAGCUA